AUGUCAUUGAAUAAAUUCGUACAACACAUAGAACAAAGUCAUGUAAAUAAUGCCCUAAAUGACAAGUCUGGAGCAAAAGCUGAGGCACUCAAAGCAAUCAAAAUUUUAAAUCAAUUGGUCAAAACUGAUAAGGAUUCAGCUGAAAAUCAGUUAUUAUCGCGAUAUGUUUUAAAAUAUUACGAGGAGUUAAACAAAUCUUUGUUUGUUUCUAAUAAGAUUCCUUGGCUCUCGUGCCGGUCAUCGAGGGGCGGGGAAGCAUAUUAUCCAGUGAUUGACUUUGGUUCAGGUUUGAGCUCCAAUAGUACUAUAUUUUGGGAAAAUUCAAAAGAUGAUCAUCAGAAUGAGAAUAUAUUCAAUGAUUUUGCAAAAGAUGGAGACUUUAAGAUAAACUCAAUUCAAACAAACAAUUGGAAUAAUGAUAAAUCAAAUUUAAUGAAUUUAUACCAAGAUUUACUAGCGAAUUGUUCAUUUGUUUCAUCAUUCUUAGCAUUAGUUGAAGUCGAUUUUAACAUUCAAUCCUUAAUUUCACCGUCUAAAGAAGCAACAAAAUAUAUUGUCACAUUACAUUUCAAUGGAUGUCGACGAAAUGUCGAAGUAAGUAAUUAUUUACCAACAUCAUCGCGAGCUGAUAGAAAUAUAAUUAUAAAAUCAUUUAGUGAUCCAAAGUUAUAUUGGCCAGCAUUCAUUGAGAAAGCAUAUUUGAAGGUCAUGGGUGAUGGGUACUACUUCAAAGGUUCAAACAUGGCUAAUGAUACGUAUUUACUAAGUGGUUGGUUGCCGCAGAUAAACACUUUAAAAGAUGGAUCAAAAAUAUCGGAUUUUAGUGAAUUAUGGUCCCUACAUAGAAAGGGUUUAGUCACGUUGGGUUUAGGAACAGGAAAGCUAAGUGCUUAUAUAAGUAGUCAGUUGAAUUUGAUUAGUCAACAUGAUUAUUUGAUAGAGAGCUUCAAUAAUGAUUCCAUUAUUUUAAAAAACCCAUGGAUUCAAGCUGAUAUCAACAAGAGAUACUUGAAAGUCACUGAUUUAAUUCAUUUUGAUUUUUUUUACAUCAAUUGGAAACCACCAGAAAACUUGAAGGUGUAUCAAGAAAAUUUUCCAUACGUCAGAAAAGAAGAAAUGACAAUUAUUGAUGAAACUCAAUACUCGAUACUGUGUAAAGAAGAAACGUGGGUGUUGGUGGAAAGACAUUUACCAGUUAGCGAAAAUUUAUGGAUGAAAAUCUUCAUUUAUGAAACAAAUCAUAAAGUUGUAUCACCAAUGAAUCAGAAGCAGCAUGCCUUCAUAGAAACUAAUAACCGACUUCAUUCAAUAAAACUAGUUUCAGGUAAUUACACUAUUGUCAUAUCUACUACUAAAUCUGCAAAAUUUUCGAUAAAAUCAUACGGCUCAGAACUAUUCAAACUGAGAUAUCAAUAUAAAUUUACUCAAAUAUUUUCAGGCGAGUGGGAUAUUAAUACUUGUGGAGGAAAUUGGAAAAUGUCAUCAUAUAUUGAUAAUCCACAAUAUGAUCUAGAAAUAUUAGAAACAACUAUAGUAUCAAUUAGUUUGUAUUCUAAUUUACCUAUCAAUUUUCAUUUAUUUCUUUCAGAUAAAUCUAAAGAAGGUUCAAAAAUUAGAAAAUUUGAUCAAACGAAAUUAAUAUCUGAUGAAAAAUAUAAUUUAAAUUUACAAUCAUCUGAAUUUGAAUUAGCUCCUGGUUCUUAUAAAUUAUUGAUUUCAAAUUUCGAUCGACAAUAUGGGACAUAUAAAUUUGUAAUCAAUUCUUCGAAUACCAUCAUGAAUAAUCUCAUUAUUAAUAGAAUACCUACAACUUUAUCGUUAUAUAACCUAGAAAGGACAUUUUCAUGGAAUAGUCAAAACAGGCAUAAAUUAUAUUUUUCAACAAUUGAAAUAAACACAACAAUUAUAAUUCGGUUAAAUCAUUUUAAUGACAUUUUUGAUGAAUUUGGAUUAUGUACAGAAUAUAGACCAGCAUUGCGUGCUUCCAUUUUUAAUGCUACAACCAAACAACCAGUAUUGAUAAAUGAAGAGUUUAAUGAUGAUGUAUUAUACGGAUUGUUUGUUGACGUAAAGUUGAAAGAAGUUGGUGAAUAUAUCUUAUUAUCUGAACGAUUUGAGUUGGGUGAAGGGAAGGUUGUUGUUAGAAUCUCAAGUGACAAAAGUAUUGUAACUCGAUAG